GGGGCAGCUAUGACAGUGACAUACUCACGUAGGGUGGCGGAUGCACGCCUUGGGACUUUUUCUCAUCUGCUGUUACGAUGGAAAGGGAGCAUCUAUAAACUGCUGUACAAAGAACUGCUCAUCUUCACUGUGCUCUACUACAGUCUCAGUGUUAUAUACAGAUAUCUUCUGAAUGAAGAACAGAAGAGGCUCUUUGAAAAACUCUCUCUCUACUGUGACCGCUACGCUGAGCUGAUUCCUGUCUCGUUUGUGCUGGGUUUCUAUGUGACCCUGGUAGUGUCCCGUUGGUGGGGGCAGUUUGAGAGUGUCCCCUGGCCUGACCGUUUGAGUUCUCUGGUCGGGGGACACGUGCGUGGGGCGGACGAGACCGGACGCCUGAUUCGCCGAAGUCUGGUGCGAUAUGCCAACCUGUCUGGCGUGCUGAUCUACCGAUCUGUCAGCACUGCCGUCUAUAAGAGGUUCCCUACCAUGGAACAUCUUGUCCAUGCCGGGCUGAUGACAUCAGAGGAGUUGAGACAGUUGGAGGAGUUGCCUUCUCCCCAUAAUAAGUUCUGGGUUCCGUGUAUGUGGUUCGUCAGCCUGGCUCUGAGAGCCAGAGCAGAGGGACGAAUCAACAACGAUGUGGCUCUGACCGCCAUCUUUAAUGAGCUGAAUACACUGCGCUCCCAAUGUAUGAAGCUCUACAGUUAUGACUGGAUCAGUCUCCCUCUGGUGUACACUCAGGUGGUGACUGUGGCUGUCUAUAGUUUCUUCCUGGCUUGUUUGAUUGGCCGACAGUUCCUGGAGCCCAGUCAGGGUUACCCUGGUCAUGAUAUUGAUUUCUACCUGCCAGUCUUCACUCUGCUACAAUUCUUCUUUUACGUGGGAUGGCUGAAGGUGGCAGAACAGCUCAUUAACCCGUUUGGUGAGGACGAUGAUGACUUUGAAACCAACUGGAUUGUGGAUCGUAAUUUACAGGUGUCUCUGUUGUCAGUGGAUGAGAUGUUUGACUCGGUGCCUCUUGUGGAGAGGGACAAAUACUGGAACGAAUCAGAACCUCAGCCUCCGUAUACGGCAGCCAGCGCUGAACACCGCAAACCGUCUUUCAUGGGCUCCGCCCUGGACAUCAGUGUCCCUAAGGAAGAGAUGGAGUUUCAGCAGCAUAAUCUAGAGCAGAUUAAGGAGCACGAGGAGGCCAACCAUUCUACUCCUUUACUGGGAAACCUCAGCCGUCUGCUGGGGGUUCAGUCGCCCAGUUUUCCCCGAAACACCCCCUCCUCCAGAGUUUCGCUGUUUCGCCGACGCCCCCGUGCUCCCCUCAGCCGAUUCCCUCUCUACAUCCACCACGAAGCCCCCUCCUCGAUCUCUGGCCAGUCCAGGAGCGUUUCUCCUCCCGACCGCGACAUGGCCGACUACGCCUUCUCCUCCGUCCCCCUGUACGAGCGGCCUGGUUUCUACAGCUGCCCUCAGACACCCAUUCACUGCGUGCCUCCACCUCUCUCCUCACGGCCACGCCCGCCUCGCAGCUCCACCUCCCUUGCCCAGCCGCUGUUGGGUUCACAGCUACUCCCGCCCCCAGACACGCCCAGCCACGUCCCGCCUCCACCCUCCUCUGCGUUCCCGUGGUUAGGGGAGGAUGGAGAGCAUCCGUCAGGGCCAGCGUUCUCGUUCCCCGACCCCGCGCCCGAGCUCUGCCCGCUGCCGAAGCUACGACCCAACCAGGGCCUGCUGUCUCGUCGACCCCUGCCCCCACGCCUCUCUCUCGACACUUUUCCCACGGGGGAGGGGCAGCCAGGACCCCCCAGUGCCCGUGGGGUGGGCGGAGGGGGCGAGAGGGUGUUUUCUUUCACCCCUCCCUCUCGCACCCCCAGCCAGACCAACAACAACAGCUCCGGAAGCAUCAACACUAUGACCAGCAACAAUAACAUUAACACACUCUGUAACGGCAUGGGUCCCGCAAACUACACCUCCAGUAACACCAUACGGCCUGUCAACAACAACAGCAGCAGAAGCAGUAGUACCACAGCCCUGACCAACACAGCCAAUCCAAGCACAGCCACUGCCAUCAACACCCCGACAACAGCCAAUCAGCAUCAGCCCAACUCUCCGAAAGACUCUGGAAUCUCAUUGGCUGACGGAGACCUGCUGGGAGGGCUGGUGGUGCAGGGUGAAACAAUGGGGAAAGCCAAUGGGGUGAGGGAACAGGAGUGA